AUGGAACGUCGAGGACAUUUCAGAGAAUAUCGAAUUCUCCAGCGAAAGCACAACGGAAAUAGAAGAUCAUUGGAACAAAUGUCGGAAAAUGGAGAACUCGAUGAAGAAACUGACGAUAAUAGUAAGGAAACCCCAAUAGUGAGUCCAUGA